CUGCCUUCCUCGGUAGCCCUUUCUCUGCCUGCACAAGCGGCAGGCAUAGCCUGGGUCUCCCCACCACCAUCUACUUAGUCCAGACCCAGGGGCAGCUGGCGGAGGAUUAUCCAGCUCAGUCGCUUCUAAUCUCAGCUCCUGCCUGCACUCUCCCAUGCUCACAGCCAUCCUCCCUGCCCCCCACCUGAAAUAAUAGGAGUGACAGUGGGGCCACCCAACACCCUUGGGUCCUGACUCCUGGUUGCUAAGUGAGCUCUGACCAGCCAGGGCAGCACCACCGGUGGGGGACACAGGCCUGCUCCUGUUCCUUUCCGUCCCUUCCUGAACUCCAGUCCUUAAUCCUCACAGCUUUAUUCUAAUCCCACGGGGCCUGAUGCUCUUAUGUCUGCCUGCAGAGACAGGACCAGGAGAGCAUCCCCUGCACCCCGCCCUCCUGGGGCCCGUUCUGAGGGGCUGCUCCCCACUCCCGCCCUGCCACACUCCUGCUCCACCCCUGUUCUAGGCUGGGCCCAAGUCUGACGGCCACACCCCUCCCGCCCCGACCUGGCCACCACCCUGGCAGCUGAUUUCAUUUGCCUGACCGACAGCCCUUCCCUGUCAGUGCCCCGCCUCCCCGUCCCCCCGCCCGCCUCAAGCCGGGGCCAGGCCAGGCCAGCUCCUCUGGCAGCAGAGCUGGGGCAGAUGACAAGCAGUCGCAGCUGAGGGAGUGAGGAGGCACCUGGGAGCGGAGCUGGAAAUCUGGGAGGCGGCCAGCCAGAGUCCAAGAGCCGGAGUGACCCCUCGACCUGGCAGCCAUGGGGGAGAUGGAACAGCUGAGACAGGAAGCAGAACAGCUCAAGAAGCAGAUUGCUGAUGCUAGGAAAGCCUGUGCUGACAUUACCUUGGCAGAGCUGGUGUCUGGCCUGGAGGUGGUGGGACGAGUCCAGAUGCGGACACGACGCACACUGAGGGGCCACCUGGCAAAGAUCUACGCCAUGCACUGGGCCACGGACUCAAAGCUGCUGGUAAGUGCCUCGCAGGACGGGAAGCUGAUCGUGUGGGAUACUUACACCACCAACAAGGUGCACGCCAUCCCGCUGCGUUCCUCCUGGGUCAUGACCUGUGCCUAUGCCCCGUCCGGGAACUUCGUGGCCUGUGGAGGGCUGGACAACAUGUGCUCCAUCUAUAGCCUCAAAUCCCGGGAGGGCAAUGUCAAGGUCAGCCGUGAGCUCUCUGCUCACACAGGUUAUCUCUCCUGCUGCCGCUUCUUGGAUGACAACAACAUCGUGACCAGCUCAGGGGACACCACGUGUGCCUUGUGGGAUAUAGAGACCGGGCAACAGAAAACUGUGUUUGUGGGCCACACGGGAGACUGUAUGAGUCUGGCAGUGUCUCCCGACUUCAAACUCUUCAUUUCGGGGGCCUGCGACGCCAGCGCCAAGCUCUGGGACGUGCGGGAGGGGACCUGCCGCCAGACUUUCACUGGUCAUGAGUCCGACAUCAAUGCCAUUUGCUUCUUCCCCAAUGGAGAAGCCAUCUGCACUGGCUCGGAUGACGCCUCCUGUCGCCUGUUUGACUUGCGGGCAGACCAGGAGCUGACCUCCUACUCGCAUGAGAGCAUCAUCUGCGGCAUCACGUCCGUAGCCUUCUCCCUCAGCGGCCGCCUGCUCUUUGCUGGCUACGACGACUUCAACUGCAAUGUUUGGGACUCCAUGAAGUGUGAGCGUGUGGGCAUCCUCUCUGGCCACGACAACAGGGUCAGCUGUCUGGGAGUCACAGCCGACGGGAUGGCUGUGGCCACCGGCUCCUGGGACAGCUUCCUCAAAAUCUGGAACUGAUGAGGCUGCGGGCGGAAGGCCACGAAGACAUUCCCCACGCCAGCCCUCCCACACUUAACCUCUUUCCGGUUUCCUCUUCUUGCCCAGGUGCCACUGCCACUAAGCUGUCCUCUUAGAGGGCGGGGUGUGGGGGAUGUGGGGAGUUGUGCCUUUGGGAGGCAGCAUCAGGGACUCGGGGCAAAUAGUUGCCCCAUCUCCUCCUACGGCCCCUCUCCCCAUAGUCCUCACGGCCUCUCCCUUAGCCAGCAAAGAAAACUGACCCCUGCCCAGCCCCUUGCAGGCCCAGUGUCAGGCCCCAGGCCCUAGGGUUCCUCCCCCAGAGCCACUCCCUUUGUCCAGCUCUGGGUGGACCAGGGCACUUUGCCCCACGACUGGGGCCUCGGCACCCCCAGGCUCCUGGCUCCUUUUUCUGCCAUUUCUCGCUCUCUCUCGAAGCCCCUGCAAUAAAGUGUAGCCAUCUGGUACACCUG